AUGGAGGCAAAGCCAAUAAGUGAUGAUGUUGCACGGAAUGUCGACAACUCCUUGACCAACACUUCUCAAACAGGCAGUACAGUUCAGGAGGUAUCUCGUCGCAUUUUGGACAUCAUUUUUGAGUAUGCUCUUAACAAGUUCGACGAUUCAAAAGAACGUUUGGAGAGAGGUGCGGGUAAUUUUAUGUCGAUUAUAGACAAAUUCGUCGCAUCGGAGACUCGGAUACAGACAUGCUUGCCGGCAUUCCCGUUCAAAUCCGCAAAUAAGGUUUACAAAGUCCUAGGCAGCUUGCCUGAUAAGGCUGAAGAGCUUGCAUUGGAUAGACUGAAUACAAUGUGUGUGCGUAUACAAGAGGUAUAUGCGUCUGGUGCUGAAGUUACAAUCAUAUCAGAUGGCAUUACAUAUAACGACUUGUUGUGUAUAUCUGAUCAAGAUACAUGGGCUUAUGGAGAGGCUCUACGAGAUAUGGCUACCGAAAAGAAGUUCAACUACAUCAACUUUGCUCGCAUGAAGGACUUACUCGAUUUUCCCGCGCCUGAAAAGAUGACUGAGAUCAUUUACGUUGCGAACUGUACCACCUUCCGCCGAUUGCUUCUUAAUCAGUACGGCCGGGCCGACCUGGAUAUCGACCAUGAGAUUGCCACAAAUCCUGACACAAAACUGACAUACCUCGGAUACAAAAGGUUCUUGGAGUCUGAUUUGAAGUACAUAUUCCCUCGAGGGGUAAAUCGAACUGCCAAUGAAUAUAAGAGGGAGUGCAAAUAUCUUGCUAAACAAAUGUUACUUCGAGGAGAUGCUUUUGCGCGUGCAAUCAAACAUGCCUUCCCCAAUCACUUACGACUUUCCAUCCACGAAUCAGUGGGUGUAAACAAGCUUUGGAUAUGUUUGCUCAACACCAAAACUGGCUACACGACCCCAUGGCAUUGCAGCGUCGCCAAAUUAGCCGAUGGAGAGUGGAUUAGCGCUCCUAUGGCUGAAUUUAGCAAAGAUGACAGACUGGAGCUCAUUUAUGAAGGUGGUAGGCCUAGUUACUUCAAAGAGAAGCCGUUGCAGCAAGGUGGACUCAACAUCGACGAGACAUCAGCAAGCUACCUCCAAGAAGCUAGGCGACGAAGCGCCAUCGAAUACUUCAGCGAAGCAUCCACGCCUACUCUGGUUUCCCCCCAUGCAGCCUCACACACAUCAAGCUUCCAGGACAUUGUUGCAGAGGACGGGUCUAAAAUUGCUCCAUUAUCGGGAGAUUUCGAACCUGCUCAAGUACCAUAUGGAAGAAGACUUCUCCCUCAAAUCAUAGACAAGGUAGCAGUUGUUGAGCCGGAACGUAUUGUUUUCUCUCUGGCAACACUGUCUGGUGAUUCACUCGAGUUUAAUCACAUAUCUGCUCGCAUUUUCAGCAAGGCCGUUGAUAAAACUGCUUGGUGGCUUAAUAGCCUGGUUGGCAAGCCUGAUUCUGUUCAGCCAGUUGGAUAUAUCGGACCUCAUGAUUUGCGAUACGUUUUGUUGACAUACGCCUGUGUCAAGGUUGGAUAUGCUACACUGUUCCUAUCGCCAAAAAAUAAUCUAGAGGGGGCGUUGGCAGUCCUUGAAUCAGUCAACUGCAACAUAUGGGUUAAUGCUGCAGACGUGCCCCUAGUUUCUUUGGUUAAUGACAUUCUUGAGAAACGCCCCAUGAAGCUUCUGCAGCUCCCUGAGGUCAACGAGUUGCUGACCAUUGGCACUGUCAAGCCUUUUCCGUAUACCAAAACGUUCGAGGAAGCCAUCAAUGAGCCUUUCUGCUACCUUCAUACUUCUGGAUCAACGGGAGUGCCUAAACCUAUCCCUUGGUCUCACGGUUUGAUUGGUACUAUGGACGCAGUGCGAUUACUACCCCCCGCUGAAGGUUAUGACGAUUUGCUUCCGUGGACAUCGGAUUGGAAGCCAGGCGAUACGAUAUAUUCAUCAUUCCCUAUGAGCCAUGGAGCCGGAAUUAUCAUGGAUAUCCUGAUGCCUGCUCUUUUCGACUUGCGGUGUAUCCUGGGACCCAGGGGUGUUCUUCCCAACGUCAACCUUGUAGAAACACUGGCAGAGAAUACCAAGAUUGACAUCUGGAGCAUGGUACCGUCUCUUGUGGACGAGCUGGGAGAAACACCCGAAGUGCUUUCCAAGUUGAGCCGGUCCAAAUUUAUUUGUGCAUCUGGCGGCCCUGUCAGCCCCAUCACCGCUGGAAAAGUAAAUGAUACAAUCAGAGUACUGAACCUAACGGGCACCACGGAGGGUCUAUUUAUUGGCAACCUCGUCACGUCGAGAGAAGAUUGGUUCUGGUUCUGCUUUCACCCCUACUCUGGUUUCGAAUUUAAGGAAAUCGAGGAGAAUACUUAUGAGCAUUGGGUGAAUCGAAACGAACAUUGGCCUCUCUUCCAAGGCAUAUUUCACACUUUCCCAGAGAAAGAGUCAAUUAACUUUAAGGAUUUAUAUGUGAGGCACCCAACGAAACCAAAUCUGUGGUCUUUUAAAGGGCGAAGCGAUGAUCUUGUCGUCCUGUCCAAUGGGUAUAAGAUAACGCCUUUGGAAACGGAAGCUUUCAUCGCCACACAUCCUGCCAUUGAGAGCUGCCUUAUUUUCGGAACUGGGAAACCCCAAGCAGGUCUACUGAUCGAGUUGAAAGACCCUUCCAUUAAAACUGACGAACUCAUUGACCAGCUUCUCAGGGACUUUGUCACCUUUUCAGAUCCUAAUGUGCCCUUUAUUCGUACAGAUAAGGGUACUGUAAAGAGAUCUGCUACACUAGCGCUCUACGCCGACUAUAUUGAGCGCUUUUACAGCUCUCGUAAUGACGAUAUUUGCUAUGGCUACCCUUUCGAUAUGGACUCGGUUGAGUCAGUUCAGAGCGGCAUUCGUGAAAUCCUCGCGUCUUCACUCCCAACAGCCCGAACAGCAUCCCCAGAUACGAACUUAUUUGAUCUUGGGCUGGACUCUCUGGGCGUUUUUGCAGCUAUCAGGGCGAUCCGAGCAGCUUCAGGCUUAGGUGAACAGAUUGCUCCUCGUCACGUCUAUGCCAAUCCAAGUAUUGCCAAUCUUGCUUCAGCUAUCUUACGUCUGGUAGCCGAAGAUAAGAGUGCGAUCGAAGCAAAGAGAUUUGAAAAGAGUACGGAAAGCGAUGUGGCCCAGUUGAAGGAUACCAUUGCCAAACACAAGGCGCGGCAAUCAUUUCGACUGAAUGCCUUCGACUAUGUCAAUCCUAACCACGGCAUGGGCUUGGUCUUCUAUUUCUCCCUACAUAAAGGUGUUAGUUACGACAAAGCCUUUGCCAACUUACAAGAAGGCCUCAAUCGUAUAUUCGACUUAAUCCCAGCCCUGAGUGGCAAGAUUAUGAACUCCUCUGAGCAAGAGAUUGGCUAUACUAGAGGAAAUCUUUGUGUUACUAUCCCGCCUGACUCCAUGGCAGCUUCUGUACGAAACCGUCUAGUAUACAAGGAUCUAUCUAAUAUUCUCCCAUCAUUCGACGAGCUCCGAGAUGCGGGCUUCCCACCGUCUGCUUUUACAGACGGCCUUGUCUUACGAGACGAUCCAUUCCCGAAGAUGCCCGCCGAUAUUUUUGUUGGCCAGGCCAACUUUGUCUCUGGCGGAUGUAUUCUAGCAGUUGACUUGAAUCAUUGCUGUCUCGAUGGUGUUGGAGCCAUGAUUGCUAUCAAAGCUUGGGCCGAAAACUGCAGAUAUUUGCAAGGCAACGAGGCAGCAACAUGUCAAUGGUAUGACCCCGAAAGCUUCAAUCACAGCUUGCCGGAGAUUAUUCAUCAGCAAGAGGGUUGGGAUCGACCACUUCAUGAAAUCGACCCAUCUACAUGGAGGUAUCUACCAUUCUUCCCCCCAGACGAUGAUAAAAGCCACACUGGUAUCUUGGCUACAGAGGAGACGGCGAAAAUGGGCAAAGACGACAAUCUCCUUCCCACGCAAGGUUCAAAAGAAACAGUUCUCUCGCCGCAGCUCAACUUCACUCUCCAUCCUAUUUGGCCAUUACCUCGCGCUGAAAGAACCUUGAAAACAACUUUAUUUUUAAUUCCACCCGAAAAGUUGGAAGAGUUGAAACAGGACAGCCUCCCUGAUGCCAAGGCUAAGGGGGUGACAUGUUCUAUUAGCGAUAUUGUGCAAGCGUUCUUCUGGCGCAGUGCCAUCAAGGCGCGGUAUCGCGUGGCUACAGAAAUCCGCAAAGAGACCUUCGGACCUGACGAUAUCUCCAUUCUCGAGUUACCUACUGAUGGUCGCCCUUAUUUUUCCUCUCUGUUGCCUUCGACAUACAUGGGCAGCUUACUCAUCUUGAAUCGGUCCAGUAUGUCAGUCGAGACACUCUGUUCUCCGAAGACCAGUAUAGGAGACGUUGCGUAUCUGCUUCGUCAAUCUGCUAAGAGCAUUACACCCUCGGUUGUUCAUGAUGCAUUUUCAAUUUUGCAAUCGCUUCCAGACCAUUCAAGGUUCUCAACCGCCAAUAUGGGCCUUGAACAUAUGCACGCCAUGAUCUCCAACAUGAUGCUAUUCCAGACUAGUGAGAUCUGCUUUGGAGACCAAUUCUUCGCCAAUGGAGGCUCCCCAGAGUCUAUGCGGCCACAACUUGAGCGGGGAAAUGGACGGUUUAGAUUCUUGGUCAUCUUUCCGAUGAAACAAGAUGGAGGUGUGGAACUGGUCAUGGGUACUCACCCUGAGGAACUGGAAAUGUUGAUGAACGAUGAGGAGUUUACAAAAUAUGCCACUCUUGUAGGUUCCAGUCAUUAA